UAUAAUACAUUUUGUUUGUUUGACGCAUAACAAUUAUUUCCGUUUCCACCCCCCUUUUUUUUAUAUUUAUUUCUUUUCUUCUUCCUUUUUUUUCUUCCUCUUUUUCAUCACAUUAAAGCAAUAUGGAGGAAGCAAGCUUGAUAAAGAGACCUACACUACUUAGAUCACCGCCUAGUAUUCAACUGACAACUUAUACAGCGCACGCAAAUUAUAGUAGCCAUGAAGAAAAACCCAUUGUAUAUUCCACCGUAGUAAGUCGUACACAGCAUAAGAUGAUGUUGCAAAGACAGUCAUUUCUAGCAGAUGAUAAAAAUUAUUUAGAUCAUCCAGAGAAUAUGCGUAGAUUAACUAAAGAAUUAGACAGAGUCAAUAAAGAAUAUCGAUUCGUUAAACAAUACCAAGAUCCAUUAGCUCUCUCUCUUCAACGCGUGACAAAUGCUACCAGUAGUAAUAGCUGCCCACCCUCAUUGUACACACCUUCCCCCUUGUCUGCUGCUGAGCCAUCGUUAAGAAGAAGAGCUUCUCAUGAUUACUUGCUAAAUUUUAAAGAAGAAAGAAGACAUUCAACUGGAUUUAUCGGACGUAUAUUUGGUAAAUAACGCCACCACACCCCUUUCUUUCUCUCAUUUUUUUUUAAUAAUAAAAAGGA